UAUACUGCCGACAGUUAACAUUGGUGACGGUAAAAUGAACAGCCCUGAAAAAGUCAUAAUUUUUUUACAUUUUUUCUUUAAUUUUUUGUGUCAUUUGUAAAUGAUUGGAGGAGGAGUUUUAGUGAAAUAUCAUUUUUUAUAAAAUUGCUAAAUAAUUUAUAAGAUACACUACUGUUCGUUAAAAUAUCAUGCAGAAAAUGACUGACAAUUGGUGUUUUAUUUACUUUAAUUGAAAUAAUGUCAGUAACGUGAAGUGUAGUACUAAUUUUCAAAUUCAUUGGUGCGAUAAAUUUUCUAAAUGUUAACGUUUAUAAAUCAUACACAAUGUAGUUCUUCUUAUUUUAAGUGUUUUCAAUGAAUGGGUGUAUAGAAUUUUUCAAUAAUUUGCCAAGGACAUGUACAUAAUAAAUCAUCGUUACUCACGAAGUUCUUCAAUUCCUGCGGGCGACGAAUCAUGCUAUUCAGCUGGCGAUGAACGUUUGACCGCGCGAUGGAUCACCAAGAUGGAUGGAGUGGCGGAGAGUCGGUUGCGGCCGAAAACUCUACUGAAAAUUCCCGGGCCGCGGAACGCGACCGGGUCCGCAUCGAGUUCUAUGCUACUUAUGACGUCAUGACGGGCGUACGAAUAGCCGCCACCCUGGGCGGCUUCUUUGCAUUAAUGGUAUUUUUGAUCGUUUAUAAAAGCCGUAGUAAAUCUGUGAAGGCUUUAAACGAUCCAAAAAUAGUAGAAAUGGCUGAAGCUGUUGUCGCCGAAGAACAGGCAGUCGAGGAGGAGAGGCAAUUGACUGCAGCGCUUGAGGAAGCGCUGUCAGAGCGCGCGCGCUCUCGACCGUCAAUAAGCGAGGAGCCACCUUGGCCGCGAACAGCACGUUUUGCGUCAUAUGGAGGUGGCUAUGGAAGCUUGCUAACACCGCCCCGCCGGUUAUCGACCGCUCGCGGUGACUCUCUUCCUGGUUCAGCCUUACGUUUUGCAGAGCGUCGGUCGUCAGCUGGUCCCCGCGACCGGCGGCUGAGCUCAGCGACCUGUUCUAGUUCCGGGAGCUCUUACUUGGAAAGACGUGGGUCGUCAGUAGUGUGUGCUUUGCCAGAACGCCGAUUAUCGCCUUGUCCUAGUGAGAGACUUGCCCCUCUCGCGUCAGUGGGUAGCGUAGGCCCGUCCUAUGCGGUAGAGUGUGAACUAGCGUCCGUGGGUGCGGAUUCAGUUUUUGCAGAGGACGAAGCGGACUCCACUGACGAUGAGGUGGAGCAGUUUUCGACAGAUAGUGGAGGUGGUGAAGCGACAUUAGUAGGCGAGUGUACGGAGCUUUCAAGUCGUCCCACACCACUGCCGCUGCGGUUAGAUCGUGCUUCACAUUCAAGAGAAACGUUGUUCUAGUCUAUGCCAAAUGGUGAUGUAACUGUUGGCAAAUUUAAUGUUAGUUAAACAUAUUAAAAUAUCGACAUUUUCCAUUUCUAAAUAACUAUUUAUUUGUAUUUUAACAUAUCAUAAAAUUUGACAUAUCAUUUGGUUUUUAUUACCAAAUCUAAAUUUUCUUCAAAUUCUACUAAGCUAACGCACUUUAUACAUUACCUAAUAUAAAACUGCUAACAGCUUCUUGAAGGCAAGGUUUCAUAUUGUUUUUAGCUUGCAUUUAUGCUUUAAUUUGUCUAACGAGAAGUAGAAAAUGUGUCGAUGUUUUAAUAUGUGGAAAUUAUUGUAAAUAGAUUGUUUUUGUUGAUAUAUUGAUGUUUCAUAAUGUUGAUGUUCCCAGCCCAUGGAGAAAUUGUAAACAAUGUACUAAUUACUUGUAUAUGUUGCGUAUGUGUAGGGACACAUAGGUGGCAAAUUAGUUAAAGUUUUGCUCAUGUGUAUUUAUUUUGCUAACGGCUGAUCAAUACAAUAACGAACAUUAUCCACGCAUACUCAUCAGAUCUGGUUCAUUCACCAUAGUGUUCGAUUCGAUGUAAAAGUAAUAUGUAAAGAUUUGCCGAAUUAGUCAUUUGUAGUUACAUUAAAUUAAUGUAAUUAUUUAAUAUAAUAGUUUUCGACGAAUUUUUAACUUCUGUAAAUUGCCACUCUAUUUACAAAGUUUUCAAGUCUACCGGGCUAACUGCCAACCCCACUGAAAGUGCGGUUGAUGAUCUAACCAAAGCAUUGCCGACUCACAUGGUGUUUGUACAAUGUAGAUAUUAACUUAUUAGGGUAGAUAGUCGUCAGUCAAGUCAAUUGCGGAUGUGUAUUUGUAUAAUACUUAUUAGUUUUGUAAACUACAGUUUUACUUAGAAAACAAGGGCAUAGAACAUCAAUACGUCCUUUGAACAAUAAAUAUGAAGUUGGAAGCGGCCUAAGAUGUUGCUCGUACCAAUGUCAUUUUCCAAGUAAACUGCCACUGUAAGCUCUUGUUAGUAACGAUGUUACGCGGACACCGGGGUUUUAUUGAUUCUGGGUGUUUCGAUCCCGCCACAGCCACACGCGGGCCCAGUAGAUUGAUUACGCAUAAGUCGUUUUUAUUACGAUUUAGAUUUACGUGUUAGUUUAUGUAAUGUUCGUUGCUCGAAUUAAAAAGAGCUCCCUGUAGUCUGUAAAAUGUUGAAAUGUAUGUAAAAAAUUGUAAAUAUAAAACACAACUCA